AUGGCUCAGUCCUCAACCCCCCCUCCUCGACUUCGGCCUCGUCGCGGAUCUCGAGUCCACUAUCCGAACAACGACGACAGCGACUCCGAUGACAUCGCUGAAUUUGUCCUCAAACCCCGUCCCCGACGUGCUGCCCGUCGGGUAAAGACAUACAGAGAGUCGAGUGAUGACGACCACGACGAUGAUGCCCCAGAUCCAUCCUCGGACGAAUCUGAUGCUCAGUCCUCCCCCGCGCAGUCGGACGAUCGACCUCAAAGUACGAGAAGGCAUGUGCCUACACACAGGCAGUCGUGGCCUCUAAAGAAGAGAAAAUCUCCGCCUGUGACAAGGUCGGCGGCGCAACGCUUAUUCAAAUCCUUCAAGCGACGAAAACCUUCGUCUAACAACCAUAAUCGGGGCCAAAUGAAUGCAAAGCGCUCUGCUGACACAUUGUCUGCGUCCACCAACAACCGAAUCCCACCAUGGCAACAACUCCCGUACCAUAUCCUUGUGAGCAUCAUGCAAUAUGCUGCCUAUCCUCUCUACGGCCCGACGUCGCGAGCGCAGCCUUCGAUCAACUGGCUGUGUACGACAGGGUCCUUGUGCCGCUCUUUCCACGAGGCUUCCACAGCUGCACUACUUUAUAGCCCCCCUCUGUAUCCAUCAUGGCGAGCCCACGGUCUCAUCAACCUGCUUGAGCAAGCUCCCGGGUCUCUUUCGACCGACUACCGAAAAAAGAUUCGAUUCCUCGAUAUUGAAGUCAAGCAACUUCUUGUUAAGAAGAGUGGCAUCUCCAUGGAUAAGUUGAUCUCUCUGACCCCGCUGCUCCAAGGGCUAAGAUUCUACUCCAACUACGAUGACCUCACAACAGUCAUUUGGGCGCAGCCGGCAGCGAAGAAAUUCAAGUGGAGCUAUCCGACAGAGCUUUUAGGCCGUCUGGAGACUGAUCAUCUCUUCAUGAGAAGCUUCGAGUGGAACGGAAGGUUUCAGAACACAACCGACGUCCUCAAGAUGGCCACCGAGGCCCACUGCCGGCCCUCUUUCAGUCGCUUGCGCGACCUCACAUUUCUCAACCUCAGUCUACCCGAAAAGGCCAAGGAAGCUGAUAUUGACUGCGCUCGCGGCUUCUUCGCAGAGGCACUCAGCCGCCUGCCAGAACUACGAUCCCUCUCUUUUCGAAACUGCGGCAUACUUGACGAAGUCACCAUGUCAAUGCUUCCAGCGGGCCUCCUGGACUUGGAAUUGACGAACUGUCCCGAUUUGACAUCUGACGCUCUCGAGAAUUACUUGUCCCGCGGUUCCAGCCUACGAUUCCUCAAACUUGAUGGUAACCAGUGCAUGGAUUUUGGGUUCAUGGCUAGUCUGCAAGCUCUCUGCCCUGACUUGCAACAUCUGGAGAUCGACAUGCUUUACAUAGAUCCGACGUCCUUCCGCGACCGCGAGCCCCUCUACGACGAGCUGCUACCUCACGGCCCGCCUACUUGGCCGUCCCAUCUGGUGACCAUCUCUAUCGAAAAUAUGCGCCAGUUGACCCAAGAGGACGCUGAAGAAUUUCUGGCCUCGCUCGUUGACUCUUCUGAGCAUCUGGCGCAGCUGAGGAGACUCAACAUCAAGGCGAUAUUGAAGGAUGCCAGUUGGCGUGACCGAGCCAAAUUCAGACAAAAGUGGCUGGCUAAGCUAGAGAAUGUCUUUCUCAACACUCAAGAACCGUCCAAUAUCGUCAGCAAGUUCUCGAAGGGGAGGCCGUCUGCGUCGCAGCGACAAAGCACCCGGAUAGCAAACGGUCACCUCAAGAAGCUCAGUCUCGGUGAUAACACCGACGAAAGCGAUGCACCAGCUCCAAAAUCUUUUCAAGGCAGAUGUGAUGUGGUGAACCUUGUGAUCUCAGACCAACGACCCGCCGAGACCCAGUAUCACGAGAAUGACUUCCUUGAUAGUGAACCUGGUGAUGACGGAGAGUGGAGAGAGCGCAACAGCCAGCAUAUUUCGAAUGAUUAUGCCUGGUAG